CUUAUUUAAACUGGUUGAAGAGGAGGAGGAUAUGUGACCUUUAAGGCAAAAAAAUAUCUUGAAGUGUUUCUCAUAUUUUUUUGGUGAUUCUAUUUGACGCCUGUUAAAACAUAAUUUUUUACCGGUUUUGUAGAUUUAAAGGUUUAAUUAAAAGGAAGAGAAAACCACUUGCCUAUCAGGGCUUACAUAGAAAUCUAUUCCUGGCUCAUGUCACAGCGCUGACUUGUUGGUGACUCCUCUGACAUGUGGUUUUACGUCAGAGAUGAUGCACUCUGCCUUCAUUUUUAAAAAAAAAUAGAAAACACCCAAAGUCACAAUGAGGAAGUGCAACUUUCAGGAGGCAUGUACAUGCAGUGUUACAUUUAUGAAUAAGUACGGCUAGAGAGAGGAGUGUGAAACCUAGAGAGACACGGGAAAACAAAGAUUAAACAGAAUGAUGGUUGAAUUGAGAGGGUUUCAGAUGUUUUUAUUGCUUUUUGUGGUGCUUGAGGUUACAGCAAGAACAACACAUUUCCUCACCAUCUUAGUCCGAGAUGGAGAUGAAGUCAUUCUGCCUUGUGAAAAUGUUCUCAGCGAUCAUGAUAACUGUGACGGUACGGCAUGGAGCUUCAGUCAGUUGGCUAAGAUGGCCGCAGUAGACUUAGUUAAAGGUGGGCGGAUUAUUAAACGUACAGACAGACUAAGAAUCACAGCAAACUGUUCUCUGGUGAUGACGAACGCCACAAAGGAGGAUUUUGGUCGAUACUUCUGUAUUCAGGAAAAACCGGGACAACGACAAGACGGAGAAGCUGUAGUUGAUGUGGAUGUUGUUACCAUGACUGAAGAAAAGGACAGCAGUACGGUGAUUUUAAAAUGCAGACUGUUGACACGAGGAACAUGUGAACACACAGUGGAGUGGCUGUUUCAGGGUCAACAUGUGGAUCACAAAGACUUAAUCACACACAAACUACGCUGUUUGGCCACUGUGACCUUCAAGACUAAUCAUUUCAUUUACACAUCACAGAAGUAUGAGUUAUUAAAAUGCAACGUAAGGGAGAAAAACAGUGAAAGAAGUCUGCAGUUCACCUUCCACCCUCCGUCCUCAGGGAGAAACAAAACUGUGUUCGGAAACAUUCAAACAACAACAAAUCCAAAAGAGUUGUGGUGGUUGUUCAUCAUCGUGCCUGUGGGUCUGACUGCUCUUCUCAUGACUGCUGUGGUGAUCAUUAGACGGAAGAAAAGUAAAGGUAAAAUAACCCAAAUGGAUGAAAACAUGCCUGAUCCUGAAGACGUUUCCUACGUCUCCAUCAGUCACAUCAAGAGGAAGAGGAAAGCUCAGGUCAAACACGAUGACACAUAUACAGCGGUGAUAUACAGCGCAGUGAAAACCUCCUCUGCAGAUGAUCACAGCGCCCUCUAUGCUUCAGUCAAAUAACCAAAAACUCUCACAGUAUAGAUACACUUAUUUUUAACUCAUUACUUAAGAACUACUGGUGUGAAAAAGGCACAUAGUUAUUUUCAGUUUUUGAUCCAACUGUUUGAUCCAGUAGAUGUCGCCCUUGAACGCCUGCAUGAAACCAAAACAGAGUGCUGUUUGGCCACGCCUCCUCCAUCCUGCAGCCUCCGUUCUCCUCCAGCGACACACCUCCAACGCCUCUCCACUCACAUUCACAUGAAGUAGUUGUGAAUAAAAACGCACCAUAAGCGGCGGACAAAAUUGUCCUUUGCUCGAGCUGCAAUCACCUGUGACCGGCAUUGUUGUGUUAGCGUGCUAAUGUUAGCGCUCUUUAGUUAGCUUGUAGCUUCACAUUGCAUAUAAACUGACACAGAAUGACUGUAAUCUAAAGACACUGAUGUGACAUUCAAAUGAUCAGUGAGUAUGUUCUUCUUCUUCUCUCUAGUUCUUGACUAAAACAGCUUUUAUACACAAGGGGAGGAGCCGGCCGU